AUGGUUGUUCCAAUUACUAAAACACUGCCUGACCUCUCCAAACUAGAGCCACUUGACGGGACCAACUAUAAACGAUGGUCACAAAAGUUGCUCAUAUUUUUUGAACAAUUGGACGUGGACUAUGUGCUGUUCCAGAAUCCACUGGAAACUCCAGCAGAAAUCUCCACUCUUGCCAUUACUGCAGCGACGAUCUCCACAGAAGGGACGACCACAAAAUCUGAGGCUGAGGCAAAACUGAAAUACGACAGAGACAAUAAAACGACUACAAUGCAGGCAAGAUACAGAGGUGAUGACACUGGAAGGAAAACAUACGUCGUCGGUAAAUGGCUUCAAUUUCAAAUGAUCGAUAAGAAGCCUAUAAUGGACAAAAUCCAUGAGUACGAGAACCUAGUAAUUGAAGUGCUGAGCGAGGAUAUGAAAAUGUGUGAAAAUUUACAAGCCAACGUACUACUGAAAAAAUUCCCUCCUACUUGGAGUGAAUAUCGCAACCACUUGAAGCACAAGAAAACGGAUCUAACACUUCAAGAAUUAAUCAGCCAUAUGAGAAUGGAAGAAGCAAAUCGCCUAAAAGAUAAGGAAACUUCCCUCUCUUCUCUUUUAGUUAAAGCUAACCUUGUUGAGUCUGCUGGAUCUAAAAACAGGUUUCACCAGAAUAAAGAAAAAGUCUUUCAAAAGAACAAUCAACACAAGAUGUUCAAAGGACCUGACGGCAAGAUCCAAAAGAACAAAAUAUCGUGCUACUACUGUGGGAAAUUAGGACACAAAGCGUACCAGUGCUACCAAAGAAAGGAUCAAUAA